AUGCAACUGUUUCACUUCUUGUUUGUGCUUCUUGGCCCGUUCAUGAUUGUGCAAUCAGCUGCAGGACAGAAACGAAAUGUUUCGACAACAGCAGAAGCACAAAGUGUGCCAGCAACAGGACAAGAAGACGAUGUAACUCCUCAAUCCUUUGGUGGCUUUAUUAGCGGCUUGCUCGAUUUUAUCGGCGUACCAAGAGCUCCUGGAAUGAAAGAAGGGAAGCAUUAUUGGCAAUAUUAGUAUAAUAGACAACCACUGAGCAAUGUGAU